CCAGAACCAGCUCUGCUUGGCACUAAACUGAGCAACAUACUGCUACUGCUUUAUCCAGCCAUUACCAAGCUCUAUCAUGAGCAGUGUAGUCCAGAACCCCUACAUUGGCCGCACACCAAGCACCAGGAUGCCCAAGCCUGGGGGCAGUGGAGGGGGGCAUCCUGGGAGUCGAGACAGCAGUGGGAUUUGUCGAAGCAGUAGCAUCAGCAGUGGAAUUGGCGUGUCUGGAGGCAAGAUACUGUCUCUAUCAUCCAUGAGUGAUAGCGUGCACAGUGGCCUGAGCUGUUUCUUGUCAGAGCAAGCACUGGAGCAGGAGGAAAGGCAGCAGCGCAGUCACCACUUAGCUGAGUUCCAGCGGCUAAAAGAGGUUCGUGCAGCUGCUCAGCUCAAAAACCUGGAAGAUUUCCUCAGGAUGAACCAUGUGUCACUCAGGGACAGCAUGUCUUAUUCUACGGGCAUGAUUUACAGAAAUCUGGGCAAAUCUGGGUUGAGGGUGUCCUGUCUUGGAUUAGGCACGUGGGUUACCUUUGGAGGACAGAUAACAAAUGAGGUGGCAGAGGAACUGAUGACUUUGGCAUAUGAGAAUGGAAUCAAUCUGUUUGACACAGCUGAAGUGUACAAUGCUGGAAAGGCUGAGGUUGUCUUGGGAAAUAUCAUAAAGAAGAAAGGAUGGAGGCGUUCCAGUUUGGUCAUCACCACCAAAAUAUUCUGGGGAGGAAAAGCAGAAAUGGAGAGAGGUUUGUCCAGAAAACACAUUAUUGAAGGUCUAAGAGCAUCGCUAGAGAGACUUCAAUUGGAGUACAUAGAUGUGAUCUUUGCCAAUCGACCAGAUCCUAACACACCUAUAGAAGAGACGGUGAGGGCAAUGACCCAUGUGAUUAACCACGGGAUGGCCAUGUACUGGGGUACAUCAAGAUGGACGUCUAUGGAGAUCAUGGAGGCGUACUCUGUGGCAAGACAAUUCAAUCAGAUCCCACCCAUUUGCGAACAGGCAGAGUAUCACAUGUUCCAGAGGGAGAAGGUUGAAAUUCAACUUCCUGAACUCUACCACAAGAUAGGCAUCGGCGCUAUGACAUGGUCUCCACUUGCUUGUGGGAUCGUCUCAGGGAAGUAUAAGCAUGGGAUCCCCCCUUGUUCACGUGCCUCGCUUAAGGGUUAUCAAUGGCUGAAGGACAAGAUCCUGAGUGAGGAGGGACAUCGUCAGCAGGUGAAACUAAAAGAGUUACAGGCAGUUGCUGAGCGACUCGGCUGCACUCUGCCCCAGCUGGCUAUUGCCUGGUGCCUGAGGAAUGAAGGGGUGAACUCAGUCUUGCUGGGAGCUUCCACAACUGACCAACUGAUGGAGAAUAUCAGAGCAAUACAGGUUCUCCCAAAGUUUUCACUGUCCCUUGCAUCUGAGAUGGAUGGCAUCUUGGGAAACAAGCCGUACAGUAAAAAGGACUUCAGAUCCUAGAAACACCAGUGAUGAACUGUCUCUGCUUUUGAAAAAGCAGCAACACCGAUUAGCAGAAUUUGACAAACUGUGAAUAAUCGGAAAUCUGUUUGCAAAAGACACAACAAGGCAUAAAAAAAACCUUAUCCAUUUCACCAAGUUGAUGCACUUUACUUUCUUGCUCGUGUUUGCACUUAUAACCACUUUAUAGUGCCAAUUACUACCAUAUGCAAUACUUCAAUCCUCAAUGAAAAAAAGAAAAAGCUGCAUUUCUUCUAAUCAGCGGGAUGAGUCCUCUGCACUGUCUACAGAUUGUUGUCUCAGCAUGUUUUGUGUUGGACCAGAUCUUCAGCCUACUAAGCACAUUAUGGUGUGAUGUAUUCCCAUUGUCACUGUAAUAACAACAGGCAUUUGUUUUGGGAAUUAAACUUGUAUUAUUUAUGGUCAGUUUAGGUAUUUGAUUAUUGUUACAGCAUUGCAGUCAUGUUUUUGUCAGUUUAAAGUCAUAUGUUGUUUAACUUCAAUAAUGCAUGUUUGAUUGUUUUUUUUUGUUGAGCUGUACUUAAAAAAAAAGGAUUUAAAGUGACCUUUAGUUAAUCAGCUGGAUAGUUGCAGUGGUGUCUGAGGAACAAAUUAAUGACUUUUUUUUAUUCUGGGCAUGUGUUAGCAUGUUUAGCACUAUAUCUUGGCCAAUGUGGGAAUAUGACCAUUUAUAGCUAUCAAAUUACAUUUCAAUUCAAUUCAACUUUAUUUGUAUAGCGCCAAAUCAUAACAUACAUUAUCUCAAGGCACUUUACAGAGUACGGCUGAGACCUGAAAAUAUUAUAGAGAAACAGUUCCCACCAAAUGAGUAAACACACUUUGGGACUGUGGAGUAAAAAAAACCUCCCUUUUAACAGGAAGAAACCAUUAGAACCAGACUCAGUGUGGGCGAACAUCUGCCUCGACAGGUUGGGGUGAGAGGAGAAAAUGGGGAGAAGAGGAGAGGUGGGAGGAAAAGAGGGGAGAGAAGAGAGAGACACCAGGAACAGUUGUGUAGCCAUCAUAUUUAGACUCUGUCAGACUGGUUGUGAUAAUGAAAAUAAUAAGAGUGAUAUUUAUAGAUGUAAUGAUAUCAGCAACAGUCAUAAAUGGAGAGAGACCAAAUUAAGGCUCAAACUAGGGUUUUUUAUCAGAAAAGUUCUUUAAGAACUCUAAUGUUUAAAAAGUCCAAAAGCUCAAAAAGUGGCCCAAAGGCAGGGUGGUGGUUGUAGCACAAAUGAUCUCAGCUCUGUCUCUCCUCUCGCAUGCACUUGGUAUGGCAGAAACUGUAUUGGGGAAUUAGACCCUGGUGUACCUCAUCUCAGGUGAUAAGUGAUGGCUGCAUCUUGGUAUUGACAGAAACAGGUGAACAGCAAAACACCACAUCAGCAAGAGGCCUGCAGAAUGUGUCAAACACCUGGAAUAAACUGAAAGAAAACAGGGUUUUUUAACACAGCUCUACAAUUAAACAUGCACUCAUUCAGGCUUUAGUUUCCCCAUCUCAGUCAACCUUAUAUGAAUAGAAUGUAUUUUUACGUUAAUUUCAAUACAGAACUCAAAAGACUGCAAAAGAGAUAAAAACGAACAAUGAGUUUUGCAUUAAAAUUCACUCAAGUCUACCAUGGAAGUAGCUUACUACAGACACAAUAUAUUAUAUUGAUAUUUGAUAUAAUAUAUUCAUUCUUUGGAAAUCUAUAUGAUAUUGGUAUGGUUAAUUAAUUUAACAUUACCAAUAUCACAAAGCCUGUUACAAUAACAUUUUCAGUUUGAUUACAAUUUUCAUAAUGUUUUCUAACACAAUUUUAACACAAUCAAUUACAUUGAUAUCACCUCAAAAAAGAACUAAAAUAUGAUUUGACAAUUUUACUUCUGAGCAAUUUGUGCUUUUUCAUUAAAAGAAAAAAGACGAACCUUCUGUUGUUCACCAUAAACUGCCAUAUUUCUCACGUAAGUGCAAAUAUCUUUCAUCAGUGAAUUUAAAGAGCCGAGAUUACCAAGAUUAACAAACUGGAGAUUUAGAGACAUAACAUCCUAUCAAACAAAACUGAAAGAACUUUAAUGUUAUACAUUAAAGCAGGAUUUUUCUGUAAAUCUUCACUCAUAUUUAGUGACUCUGACAAUGUAUUUUUGAAGUAAUAAUAACCAGUAAUCAUAAGGUCAAGGUCACCUAUGCAAUACAGUGCAAAUGCAACCGUCAUCCUGUAUCACAACUGUCCACUUCAC